ACAUCGAAGAUAAUCAAUCCUGAUAGCUACAGUUAAUAAGCAUCGAAGGUAAUCGAGCUUACAGUUUGAUUACAGUAACAGAGCAUCGAAGACAAGAGAAGAAAAUGGCAGUCGUUACAGUUGAUGAUGUGCGCUCAGUGAUCCAUUCCUUUUUGGAGAAGAUCACAGAGGAGCAAUGGAUACUGUUGAAGGAAGGAACUCCUGAUGAUGCCACAAUGUACCUGUUGGCAGAAAUGAUCACAGAAUUCAUCAUAUUCAUUACAAAUACAAUAUUGGCGAAUCUACGGAGCAAAGAUGCGGACGUCUGUAAGGAGGAGCUUCUCAAUAGCCUGAACAAAACUCUCCAUAAGAGUUUCGUUCAGGCUCUGGAGUUUACGGAGGAAAUGCAGUCAGUCAGUUCAGAGAGCUUAACAAAACUAAUAGCAAAAGAGGUUGCUGAGAGCGUCAACUCGGCCCUCUCUGCUUCUACUGACUCUGAAAGUAGAGAUUUUGUGGUUCCUCAUGACAAAGUCGGUGGCUUUCGUGUCACACCAUCCCGCAGACUAAACACAAUGGUUGGUCAUGCAAGCGAUGUGCUUCGUGACUUCAUGACCAAAGUGAAAAGUCUGUGCCCACCUCAGCCACGUCGGUCAAGGUCAUAUAGGGUCACCGAUGUAGAGAACACAGACAAAGAGGAUAUGGUACCACCAAUGGAGUCUCCAGAGCAUGAGGAUGCAGAAAUAGAAGAUCUGGAGACUUCAGAUGAAGAAAUGGAGGAGGAUAAAGUAGAGAGGCCCGACACUGGUGACCGCCUAGAGUCACCAGUGAAAAGUGAAAGGCAGGACACACCGGAGAAGAUGGCAUCGGAAGACAGCUUUCUGGCUCAAACCAGUAAAGCUGUCCAAGAGAUAAUCAGACAAGAGCUUUACGAGUUAACAGAACCUGUACUACAUACAGUGGAGGAGUCUGAAUAUGAACUCCUGCAAUCUGAUUUCUCUUUAGAGAUUGAGGUUAUAGGGGACGACAUAUCUCAGAUUCUUACGGAAGAGGCAAAGAGUCUACAACAUUCUGAAACUGAGAGUCCGAGAGAAGAAAAUAAUCUGAAGAGCAAGAUCAAGACACUUUUUGCUAAGCUGUUUGCCAAAUCAUUGAUUCAUCGUAUGGUGGCACAGCUGAAGUCCAAAUACCACAAAAUCUUCAAAGGUAAAGGCAGACACUCAGCGCAGUCCCUCAGGUCUAGUGUUGAGUCUCUGCUUCUGGAUGAGUACGACAUUACAGAGGGUGGAAAUGAGGUUUCUGUGUUUCGGCAGUUAGAGAUAAUUUCCAGUGGGAAACAUCUGGUUUUCACAAAAGAACUCAGCGAUCUUAUCUACAAUCACAUCAAAGAUGGGAUGGUGACGACCGAGAUUGUCCCUGAGUCAGUGAGGAAGAAGUCCAUAAGAAAGACUCUUAAAGAGCACUAUGACGCCCUGUACAACGAUGUAGGCAAUAGAGUGAAGUGUUUUCUCAGCCUGAUGAAUUGGUGGCUUAAAAUGAAGGUUGGCAGCUACUGCAAUAGGAUUGUACUUGCUCUUAUGAACACCAAGAUAUUCUCACGAAUGCCGCUACCAGAAGUCACAGCAGAGGAGGAUGCAACAAGGUCCGAGGAGCGAGACACUGAAUCUGAAGAGGAUGCAGCGCUCAAGAAAAGGUACAUAGCUGUUAGCGUGCUCGUUGAGAAGCUGGUGUAUCGUGUCCUCACCAAAACAAAGAACACUAUUAUGAACGCAGAGGCCCUGACUCGCCACAUCAUCAAGAAGACGUGGGCGGAAGUUGAGACUCUAGAUUUUAAGGUAACGGAAAAAACUAUAAAAAACAUCGACAAGGCCAUUUUCAAGGAUUUGUGCAAGGUCUGGAAGAGUGCAGACAUGGUGGUGAUAUUAAUGAAAUCAGGGGAUCCGCUAAUAGAAAAAUACAUAGCCGUGUCUUUUAAAUCUCACCUGACGCUGAAAAAGCCCAGCACCAUCCACCGUUUCUUCUCCUGUGUACGCAGGGUUUUGGCCGAGCCUUUUCUGAGAAUUUUUGUAUAAUAACAACUGCCUUCAUCUUGAAGGAAAAAAGAAUAAUGGAGGUUUCUCUUUUUUCCUUCAAGAUGAACGCAAGAAGUUAAGUCCCACCUCACAUCUACCUAUCUCCUCAUUAUUACGGAUUCACAUCUACCCACCUCCUCCUCCACUGGCCACCAUCCUACAUUAUCACGGACUCACAUCUACCAACCUCCUCCUCCACUGGCCUCCAUCCUACAUUAUCACGGACUCACAUCUACCAACCUCCUCCUCCACUGGCCUCCAUCCUACAUUAUCACGGACUCACAUCUACCAACCUCCUCCUCCACUGGCCUCCAUCCUACAUUAUCACGGACUCACAUCUACCAACCUCCUCCUCCACUGGCCUCCAUCCUACAUUAUCACAGACUCACAUCUACCAACCUCCUCCUCCACUGGCCACCAUCCUACAUUAUCACAGACUCACAUCUACCAACCUCCUCCUCCACUGGCCUCCAUCCUACAUUAUCACAGACUCACAUCUACCCACCUCCUCCUCCACUGGCCACCAUCCUACAUUAUCACAGACUCACAUCUACCCACCUCCUCCUCCACUGGCCUCCAUCCUACAUUAUCACAGACUCACAUCUACCCACCUCCUCCUCCACUGGCCACCAUCCUACAUUAUCACAGACUCACAUCUACCCACCUCCUCCUACACUGGCCUCCAUCCUACAUUAUCACGGACUCACAUCUACCCACCUCCUCCUCCACUGGCCUCCAUCCUACAUUAUCACAGACUCACAUCUACCCACCUCCUCCUCCACUGGCCUCCAUCCUACAUUAUCACAGACUCCCAUCUACCCACCUCCUCCUCCACUGGCUUCUGUCCUACAUUAUUACGGACUCACAUCUACCUAUAACCUAGAGGUUUCUGUGUUUCAGCAGUUAGAGAUAAUUUCCAGUGGGAAACAUCUGGUUUUCACAAAAGAACUCAGCGAUCUUAUCUACAGUCACAUCAGAGAUGGGAUGGUGACGACCGACAACUGUAGCCUUCAUCUUGAAGGAAAAAAGAAUAAUGGAGGUUUCUCUUUUUUCCUUCAAGAUGAACGCAAGAAGCUAAGUCCCACCUCACAUCUACCUAUCUCCUCAUUAUUACGGAUUCACAUCUACCUAUCUCCUCAUUAUUACGGAUUCACAUCUACCUAUCUCCUCAUUAUUACGGAUUCACAUCUACCCACCUCCUCCUCCACUGGCCACCGUCCUACAUUAUUACUGACUCACAUCUACCUGCCUCCUCUUUCCUCCUGCACCACUGGUCUCUGUCCUAAAACAUCGAGGGGCAGAGACCAGUGGAGCAGGUUAGUUACCUCACUGAGGGGGUUAAGGUUAGGCUUAGGGUUACCUUGAUGUAGGGCAGGACUGAGGGCCACUUCAGUGACACCUUAUAGCUAGGAGAUGAGGGUUCGAGCCCCGAGCCUGAGUCUCUUCUAGUUUGUGCGCUGUCUGCUGUGGUGGUGUGGGUUUACUCUGGGUACUCUGGUUUCCUACCAUUUUUCAUUAAUUGGACACUCUAAAUUACCCCCAAAGCUUAACUGGUUCAUGAUUACAAAAAUGCAAUAAAAAUCAUUCAAUAAAAAAUUAAAA